AGAUAAGUAAUGGACCUGUGCCCCUCGAGGGUAAGAGCAAAAGAAAUGCCCGCUAUCAAACUAAGCGAUGCACAUUUUAUAUAAGUGGACCACCUACGCAUUCUAAAUCACAGUUUCCAUCUUCUUUUUCUAAAAACAAAAAACGUGUGUUUAUAUUUAUCAGCACAAAUCAUCUCAUUUUGCUUGUUCCAUUGAUGUCGUCAUUCAUGGCUAACAAUGAUAAAGAGAGCUUUGCUAAGGAGUUAUGGAAGAAGCACAAAGGUCAAGCCAUAUACUCACAGUACACUCCUUUCAUUAUCUCAUUAGCUGCUGGUAAUCUUCCACUUGAAACUUUUGAAGCUUAUCUCUACCAGGAUAUUCAUUACCUCGUUGCCUACGCUCAAGCGGCUUAUAUUGCUCAAGAGUAUGCUGAAGAUACAAAGACAAAACAGACGCUACAAAAUUUAGGAGACGACAGCAUCCUAUACAUCGAAACUUAUGCUUCUUUUUUUCAGGAAUUGGGUUUAGAAUAUAAGCCAGGUAGUGUUCCCAAGAAUGAAGCAACAAUAAAGUAUAUUGAUUUCUUGCUAGAAGCAGCAAGAACAAAAAUUACAGUCUACACAUUUGCAGCAAUGACACCCUGCGAACGGUUAUAUGCUUAUCUGGGUUGGGAGGUUAACAACACUUUGACUCCAGAAGAGCUCAAAGCUAACAAAUAUAAGAGAUGGAUCGAAGAAAAUUCAUCUGGACCUCCUGAGCCCAAAAAAAGGAGAAAUUUGAGAAGUGCUGAGAACAUGGAAUACUUCAUCAAUAAGCUAAGUGCAGGACUACCCCAGGAAGAACUAGACAAAAUUGAGGAGUAUUAUAAGAAGGGUCUAGAACAUGAGACGGAAUUCUUUCUAGCACAAGAAAUAGUCGGACAAGAGGUUGUAGUUCCUCUUUGGCAGCAACUUCGAGGGUUAAAGUUCCCAUUGGUUUCAAAUUUUGACCUUUGUUGCACCAAAUCAUCUAUUGAUUCGGAAAGACUUCAAGUUUAUGAGCAGGGUAUAGCCAAUGAACUUCUUAAAAGGAUUCCCCCAGGAGAAUAUAAUUUCGCAGCUAUACAAGAAGCUUUUGCAUUCGUUUCUAACUUAGAGAAAACAUCAUUUCCAAAAGAUGUGAGCUUUGGAGAAUUUCAGCCUAAAAGUGAUUCUAUAAACUUAAUGUUGAAUGUUUUACAGAAAGAUUAUUUGGAUGCAAGUGCUUAUGUAAUUUCAGCAUAUUGGAGUGAUGAUACUAUUUUAUCAGCUUUAACAAAAGGUUUGGAGCACAAAAUAUCACAUGCAGGAAACAAAGGUUCAGUUGAAUCUUCCAUUGAUAAACUUGAAGCAUUCAUUGAUAUAUUGAAGAAAAAUGAUAACCAAGGAAACAAUUUGAGUUUAUAUAUUGGAGAUUCAGUUGGUGAUUUGCUUUGUUUGCUCAAGUCAGACAUUGGAGGAAUUGUUAAUGGGUCAUAUGAAGAAUUGUUAAAGGUCGGACAACACUUUUUAGUUUCAUUUGUUCCAUUAUUUAAAGGUUUAAUUGACAAACAAAGGGAAUACAAAAAACAAGUAUCUCUAUCUUCAUGGAAGCCUAAUCCCGGAGUUAUUUACACUUUUACUUAUUGGGCUGAAAUUGAGGCAUUUAUUUUGGUUGGAUCCUAAGCUAAAAUUUUAGCAAAUGAGGAUGAAUUUUAAACAUUUAAUAUUGGAUUGUAAUAUUAAAAAAUAAAUAAUGAAUAUUUGGAUGCAUUGUAAUCGUAACAAUAAUCAAUGUUGGAUUGUAAUAUAAAUAAUCAAUGUUGGAUUCUAAGAUAAA